CGUGCGGUCAUGCUGGUAAGAGGCCGCUUCUCUCGUCCGUGCGCUCGAUAAAAUAACGUGAAUAAAACGAUCGAAAAAAUUGGCAAAAAGUAUAUUUCAAACACGAAUUGUUAGUGAAUUUUAUGGUGAAUGUGUAGUAAUUAAUCGUUGACAUAGUUAAUCAACGUUUUCAAGGAAGAUGGAGGCUGGCGAGAUGUCGGCGUCUAAUCCUCAUCCGGAUACCACCACCGUUAGCACGAUAGUUUUGCAAAGUGGUCCUGUUCGGCUGGUCGUUGCUAUUUUACAAAGCGGUGAAUGGAUAACGGUUAAACUGGUAGAGGCUCAGCCUGAUCUCACGAGCAUCGGUAACGAUCUGCAAGAAGCCGUCGAAUUGCAAACUGCACACAGCGAAGUACUACGACAGCUCAAGAACAAGGCUACUCCCGUCGAAGAGUUAAUGCGCCAAGUCGAUAAGAAAGUAUCCUCCCAGCGUCCGGAACCAGAGGUCUAUGCAGCGAUGGCCGAAUCAUUAGGAACUGCGUGGCAGAGCAUAAAUAAUCACCUAGAACACAGAAAACAAAUAUUAGACCUGAGUGUAACCUUUCAAACAAAUUUCGAACAAUGUCUCCAACGUAUGGAAGCCCUUAAUAUUAUUUGUCGCGAUGAGGAACUUCCCAUUCAAAUUGAUGCAGUUAAACAAGCUCUCACUGAAAUACACGAUUUGAGAAGAUCGGUUUUGGAAUCUGUUAUGGCUGCUCUACAAGAGGGAGGCCAUUUACUAGACCAUUUAAAAGAUUUAAAUAAUAUAGGUACCUUAGAUUCUAGGCCAGGACAAAUUAAACCGUCAGUUGGAUCUGCUAUCAAACAAGUUGAAAGCUGGUUGGAAGCGAUGCACGAUAGGAGGAAAAUUUUGGAAAUUUCAUGGCAAAAUAGAAAAAAUCGGUUGGAGCAAUGUUUGGCUUUGGCUAUGUUGGCGAGAGACUUACAUGAAUUGGAAGAUGCUAUAAGGGAACAUAAAGAACGAAUUGGAUCUGAUAUUUAUCUGGGUGAAUCCGAGUAUGAAACGUCAAUGUUGAUAGUGGAUAUUAACAAUUUUUUGAAGGAAGUUAAAGAAUUACAAGAGCGUGCGAUUAAAAUAACCAGGGCUACCGAACAGUUGGUAAAAUCUGGCUGUUUUGCAGGACGCGAAGCCAGUGAUAAAGCUUAUAGUGUUUUGGGAGGAUGUUCAGAUUUCUUAAACGACUUGGAAAGCAGGGAAACAUUAUUGACACGAGCGCAAGCAUUUUACGAAAAUGGACGACAAGUUUUAAAUCGUCUUGAUGAUUUCGAACGCGAAGUACGACAAAACGACCUGGUAGGAAUGUUGCCUCGUCUCACUCCGGUCACUAUAACAAAUGCUGUUGAUGAAAUUACGCAGGACGUAAUUCGAGAAGGAAGAGAUUUGUUAACAGAAUGUGGUGUCAACAAUCCGGGAUCACAAGGUGUCAGAAAUUUAUUAGAAGAGAUCGAGAACAGAGCGAUAGAAUUGAGGAGAAAGUGCGAUGAGAUGCGAAGGACGGACAGAAAAAUCGGCGAGGCGUUGUUUGCGUUCCAGGAAAAACAAGAUGAACUUUCAUCCUGGCUUAGAACGAUAUCUGAAAUCUCUUUGAAGGAACGCAGGGACAUGGGACAUGAUCUGCCCACAGCCAAAGACUUCUAUAGCUUCCAUCAUGAAUUAUUGAAGAAUCUAGAGAUAAAGGGUAACGAGAUCAACGCCCUCCUAUUGACAUUACCACCAAUUUUGGAAUAUCUGGACGACGAGCAACGGAGAGAAGUCGAUCGAAAGGUGGAAAGUUUGCACGAGAAUUGGACUACUCUUAAAGCUUUGGUCGAAUUGCGCCUGGAUCUCUCUUCAGUAUUCGUACAAUUUCUAACUGACGCAGAUAAGCUUAGCGCAGAAUUCGAUACAUUGGAUCAACUGUUGGUCCGAUCUUCGGCGCAUUCGAUGGAGGAUAAGAUUAGGCUUAUGGACGUACAGUGGAAUGUUAUUAAACCCAUGUAUGAUCAGCUUAAAACAGUGGAACUGGAUUUAAAAGAUCUGCAGAGCAGUUUUUACACCAUCAAUCAACAUAAAAUUUUCUUAUACCGUGUCGAAUGGUUCGACAGCGGCAACUGCUCGAAUCGAAUGUUUACAAAUCGUUGUCGGUAUCUGGCGCCCGUUGCCAGCAGAUCUAUUUUAAAUUUCACGAACGUGCAUGAACGCUUUGACGGUUUUUCAUUACAGCGAGCCGUCAGCGACCGCCAUUUGGCGAUAGGCACUGCCUGUUCGCUUAUCGACGAAAUUCUGAACGGUUUCUCCGGAAGAGAGUUCAGGCUUAUCGAGCAGCAGGAGACCUGGCGCACGCAAAUCACCACCGUCCGACAGGUGUACGAGGAGUGGAGGAGCGCCAUGGAGCAGACGAGACAGGUUAUUAAUUGGAUUUCAAAAUUAGAUAGCAACAUAUAUCCAGUCCUUACAUCCCCUACAUCAAAUGCUAGUGAAUUAGUUGCUUUUGCUGAAAGUACCUUGCAAAGGGUUACAAACGAAAUAGUACAAGCUCAGAAUGAUAUACAAACUAAACUUCGUUUAACAGAAGAUUUAGUCGCUCAAGAUACAUCUCUGCUCGAUGAAACGCAGCCAGUGAAGAACAAUCUUCAGGAAUUGCAACAAAAAUUAAACACUACGAGUACUGAAUACAAACUAUUAGUCCAGUCUAUCAUAUCCUUCUUGCGAAAUGUUGCAGAAUUGGAUAAAUCUAUUGAAAAUAUUCAGAGCAAACAUAGAUUACCGGUGGAUUUACAAACUGACCUCGAAAAUUUCGCCAAAGAUCACGAAGCCUCCAAGAAAAUAAUCAUGGAAAUGUUUAAGUUAAUUGUGAAUGAAAGUGAUGAAGUAAUAAAUAAAAUUAGGCAACAGGAACCAAAACUUGCAGCUCAACACGACAUUGAGAAGAUAUUGACGAUGCUUGAACAUAGGAAAUCAUAUUUGAAAGACAUCAAUAGUACGUUGGACGAUCUGGUCAGGCAACUAGCGUCAGUUAGAGGACAAUACGGCGAGACUUUGGCCACAGCGAAAGCAUCAUCACUGGCGUUUGAAUAUUUCGAACGAACGAUCGAGCUACUGCAAAAUAGAAUUGAUGGAUUCGUUUCAUCCUCAAAUGAAAUAUUUUCGGACCAAACAAAAGAUUACCCACGUAUAAAACGUGAUUUGGAUGCUCUAAGUAGCCGUUGGAAUGGUUUUCGACAUGAAGUUUCUGAAGUCAGAAGGCUCAUUGAUUUGAGUAUGCAAUACUUCAAAUUGGUAGAUGAGACCGACGAUUGGUUUGGAGAAGGAAACAAACUAUUAUUAACUGUAGCUAGUAAAAUUGCAACAAUAAAGACUGAAGACGAUGCUAAUAAAUUAUUAUCUGAAAUGGAACACUUUAUAAGUUCUGGCGAGUAUAAACAAAACGAACGUCUUAACAAAAUGUCUGCACUUGCAAGAGAUUUAUAUGAUGAUAGCAGAUAUUCACAUCUCAAUAAGAUUCAAAAUUCCAAUCGCGACAUGAUGACUUCUUUCGAAACCAUGAGAGACAAUUUAAGAACAGCAAUAGAUAAUUUGAAAGCAGCUGCUAUAGAACGUGAUGAAGUUGAUAGAAGUUUGGCUGAAAAAGCUAAAUUGGAAGCGGAGUUACUAGCGCAAUCGGAGAUGAUUCAACAAAUAACAGUAAAAACAACAACAUCUGAAUCGCAAACUGUUGAUUUAGGUAAAGCGCCAGAGUUUACUGUAUUGCUUACGGAUGCAGUAGUUCCUGAGGGUAGUAAAUUUACAUUUGAAUGCCAAGUUGUUGGAGAUCCUGAACCUGACGUAACAUGGUAUAAAGAUGGUAUGAGUAUACAAAAUAAUCCUGACUAUAAAACAGUGUUUGAGAACGGAAAGUGUAGUCUAACAAUAGAAGAAACGUUUACAGAAGACUCUGCUAAAUUCAGAUGUAAAGCAAUUAAUAAUUAUGGUUCUGCAGACACAUGUGCAACGUUAUCGGUUCGAGAAACUGAUGUCAAUACUCUCUUGCAACCACCUCAGUUUGUAGAAUUAUUGAAACCAGGUAAAGCCAUGGAAGGUAAAAGCUUUCAGUUUGAAUGCAAAGUGAUAGGAAAUCCGUUACCUACAGUGCAGUGGUAUAAAAACGAUGUGUGUAUAGACAAUUCUAAAGAUUAUGGAAUUACAUAUAAUAAUGGAGAGGCCGUUUUGCGAUUUGAAGAAGUAUUUCUUGAAGAUCAUGCUUUGUAUAUGUGCAAAGCCACAAAUGAUGCUGGUAUUGAUCAAUGUCAAGCAUAUCUGAUGGUUGAACUGUUUGUAAUACCACUAUCUAACACAAUGGCAAGAGCCGGCCAAAAAGUGAAAUUGGAAUGCCAAGUAUCAGGUAUACCAGAACCCCAAAUUCAAUGGACUCAUAAUGGAAAACCAUUCAUGGAAACCUCUGACUCAAAGGGCUUUGAAGGAUUUAAAUCAAGAAAAUUCAAUAAACACUUAUUAGAAAUUGAAUUAAUAAAGUUGAUUUAA